AGGAGGGAAGACGGGACCCGGCUGGAGUACUGGGGGAAAGCGCGCGUGCGCCGUCGCGAGCUCGGCGCAGCCGGGGCCGCCGUGUGGGAGCGAGUGUGAGACAGCCGUGCGGGCCGCGGGAAUGUUCCGAAAGGCCCGGCGAGUGAACGUGCGCAAGCGGAAUGACUCGGAGGAGGAGGAGCGAGAGCGCGAUGAGGAGCAGGAGCCGCCGCCGUUGCUGCCGCCGCCCGGUACCGGCGAAGAGCCGGGCCCCGGCGGCGGCGGCGACAGGGCCCCCGGGGGGGAGUCGCUGCUGGGCCCCGGGCUGCCGCCUCCUUCCGCGCUGACCCCGGGCCCCGGGGCUGAGGCCGGGGGCUGCUUCCCGGGCGGCGCGGAGCCCGGCAACGGGCUGAAGCCGCGCAAGAGGCCGCGCGAGAACAAAGAGGUGCCCCGGGCCAGCCUGCUCAGCUUCCAGGACGAGGAGGAAGAAAAUGAAGAAGUUUUCAAAGUGAAGAAAUCAAGUUAUAGCAAAAAGAUAGUAAAAUUGCUUAAGAAAGAAUAUAAAGAAGAUCUUGAAAAAUCGAAGAUUAAGACAGAACUCAACUCAUCAGCUGACAAUGAACCGUCUUUGGACAAAACAGGACAUGUUAAGGACACCAGUCAAGAAGAUGGAGUUAUCAUCAGUGAACAUGGUGAAGAUGAGAUGGAUAUGGAAAGCGAGAAGGAGGAAGAAAAGCCAAAGGCUGGCGGAGCUUUUUCAAAUGCUUUAUCUUCUUUGAAUGUUCUCCGUCCAGGAGAAAUUCCAGAUGCAGCUUUUAUACAUGCUGCAAGGAAAAAGCGUCAAAUGGCCCGAGAAUUGGGAGAUUUCACUCCUCAUGAUAGCGAGCCUGGUAAGGGCCGCCUUGUUAGAGAAGAUGAGAAUGAUGCCAGCGAUGAUGAAGAUGAUGAUGAGAAGCGCCGGAUAGUUUUCUCUGUGAAAGAAAAGUCACAAAGACAAAAGAUUGCUGAGGAAAUAGGUAUUGAGGGGAGUGAUGAUGAUGCUUUAGUAACUGGAGAGCAAGAUGAAGAGCUCAGCCGAUGGGAGCAGGAGCAGAUAAGGAAAGGAAUUAAUAUCCCUCAGGUUCAAGCAAGUCAGCCCACUGAAGUGAAUAUGUACUACCAGAACACUUACCAGACAAUGCCUUAUGGUUCAUCCUAUGGCAUUCCUUAUAGUUAUACAGCCUAUGGAUCAUCUGAUGCCAAAUCUCAAAAAACAGAUAAUACAGUCCCUUUCAAAACUCCCAGUAAUGAGAUGACUCCCGUUACUAUUGAUUUGGUAAAGAAACAGCUUAAAGACAGGUUGGACUCCAUGAAAGAACUGCACAAAACAAAUCGACAGCAGCAUGAGAAGCAUCUACAAAGCCGAGUGGACUCUACCAGGGCUAUUGAAAGAUUAGAAGGGUCUUCUGGGGGUAUUGGUGAACGGUAUAAAUUUUUGCAAGAAAUGCGAGGGUAUGUCCAAGACUUGCUUGAGUGUUUCAGUGAAAAGGUGCCACUGAUUAAUGAACUUGAAUCAGCAAUACAUCAGCUGUACAAACAGCGAGCUUCCCGCCUUGUCCAAAGACGACAAGAUGAUAUUAAAGAUGAAUCUUCGGAGUUUUCAAGCCAUUCAAAUAAAGCUUUGAUGGCACCAAAUCUUGAUUCCUUUGGACGAGAUCGGGCACUGUAUCAAGAGCAUGCAAAACGUCGGAUUGCAGAACGGGAGGCCAGGAGGACUCGUCGUAGACAAGCCAGAGAGCAAACCGGUAAGAUGGCAGAUCACCUUGAAGGCCUUUCCAGUGAUGAUGAAGAAACUUCUACAGAUAUUACAAAUUUCAAUCUGGAAAAAGAUCGCAUUUCAAAAGAAUCCAGCAAAGUUUUUGAAGAUGUCCUUGAGAGUUUCUAUUCAAUUGACUGUAUUAAAUCCCAGUUUGAAGCCUGGCGUUCAAAAUACUACAUGUCCUACAAGGAUGCUUACAUUGGCCUUUGUUUGCCGAAGUUGUUCAACCCCCUCAUAAGGCUGCAGCUUCUCACUUGGACUCCUCUUGAGGCAAAAUGUCGUGACUUUGAGACUAUGCUGUGGUUUGAAUCUUUGCUGUUUUAUGGUUGUGAGGAACGAGAGCAAGAAAAAGAUGAUGUUGAUGUUGCGCUGUUGCCUACCAUUGUGGAAAAGGUGAUUCUUCCUAAACUAACAGUGAUAGCUGAAAAUAUGUGGGACCCUUUUUCUACAACACAGACUUCAAGAAUGGUUGGAAUUACACUAAAAUUAAUAAAUGGAUAUCCUUCCGUAGUGAAUGCAGAAAACAAAAAUACACAGGUAUACCUAAAAGCACUUCUACUGAGAAUGAGGAGAACUUUAGACGAUGAUGUAUUCAUGCCCUUAUAUCCCAAAAAUGUCUUGGAAAAUAAAAACUCUGGGCCUUACUUGUUUUUUCAACGACAGUUUUGGUCUUCAGUUAAGCUAUUAGGGAAUUUUCUUCAGUGGUAUGGCAUUUUCUCAAAUAAAACUCUUCAGGAGUUAUCAAUAGAUGGUUUAUUAAAUAGAUACAUUCUCAUGGCUUUCCAGAAUUCAGAAUAUGGAGAUGACAGCAUCAAAAAAGCCCAAAAUGUAAUCAAUUGUUUCCCCAAGCAGUGGUUCAUGAAUCUGAAAGGAGAAAGAACUAUUUCUCAGCUAGAAAACUUCUGUCGAUACCUUGUACACUUAGCAGAUACAAUUUACAGAAAUAGUAUCGGAUGCUCUGAUGUGGAAAAAAGAAAUGCAAGGGAAAACAUAAAACAGAUAGUAAAGCUCCUUGCAAGUGUUCGAGCUCUGGAUCAUGCUAUGUCUGUUGCAAGUGACCACAAUGUGAAAGAAUUUAAGUCUUUAAUUGAAGGAAAAUAGAUCUGUGAGACUGAAAAGCCUGUUUGCUUUCAUACCAUUCCCAAUGUAUAAAUUUGUAUAUAUGUAAAGUUUCUUAAACUGUAAAAUAUUGAUUCUUGUUUUAAUACAAAGAACAUUAUUAAUAUUCAA